UCAAACCGUAACGUAUUUCAGUCAAGACUUCAUCAACAUUCAACAAUAAGCAGUUAAGCACUGGCAUGUCAGGCCACCGCUCGAGUUUAUCGACACCUUUUAGGUUUAGAUUCUCAAUUUAGUGUACUUGGAAUUAUUAUUUUUUUGGUGCUUUGAGGAAUUUUUGUUUGAGUUAUUUGAAAUGUCUAAUUCAAAGCAAAGUCAAGAAGAGAUUAGUAGUAGUAUUAGUAAGAAACGAAAUCUUCCUUCAUGGAUGACUUCAAAAGAUGAUGACACCACUAAAUCUAGUGUUCAAAAGAAGCCAGAACAUAAGGAAAACAAUGCACCUUCCGAGGAAACCAGUGUUGGUACAAAAUCUAAAGCUCGUGAUCCGAAUUUGACGGACUUUUCCAAACUUUUGGAUGGAGUAGUGUUUGUGUUGUCGGGGUUUGUUAAUCCCGAGCGUGGAACGUUGAGGUCUCGGGCUUUGGAGAUGGGAGCUGAGUUUCGGCAGGACUGGAGUCCUGAGUGUACUCUUUUGGUUUGUGCUUAUUCGAAUACUCCUAAGUUUCGACAAGUUGAGGCUGAUAACGGAACGAUUAUUAAGAAGGAUUGGAUAUUAGAAUGCUACAGCCAGAGAAAGCUUGUUGAAAUUGAUAGUUACUUGAUGCAUGCUGGAAAACCAUGGCGGGAAAACUAUAACACUACAGAAAUCAGCAGUGAUCAAAAGCCAUCUACAUCUAUAAAAUCUGGCAAACAAGUCGAAAGAGGCUCACAUUCAAAAUCAACUGCUCCUUCAUCCUCAAAGCAGACUAGAGCAUCAAAUCCUGACAAAGAGCAAUUCCCCCCUUCUAAAGUGAAAGAAUGGGCCAUUGAUGAUCUCAACAGAACUCUCACAUGGCUGGAGAGUCAAGAAGAAAAGCCGGAGCCGAGUGAAAUUAAAGAAAUAGCUUCCGGAGGCAUCAUAAUUUGUUUACAAGAUGCUAUUGAUUCCUUUGAACAGGAUCAGGACAUUAAGAAAAUAGUCGAGCAGUGGAAUAUUGUUCCUCGUGCAAUUGAGGAGCUUAUAAAGCUUGUAGAUAAUAAAACUGGUGGAGCUAGUCUUUCCAGGGAAGAUCUCUGCAGACAGGCCAAGUCAUUCAAACAAAUUUACGAGGAAGAACUUAACAGUAUAACUAUAAAUGAUGAUUCGAAGCUGAAGACAAAAAGACAGAAGAAUGGCGAAAACAAGAAGGGUGGUAGUAGGAAAUCUGUUGCUGUAGACUACGACAGUGAUGAAACAAUUGAGAUGACAGAGGAAGAAAUUGGCCUUGCCUACAAUAAUGUUGCCUCUUAAGAUCCAAAAAUGAUAAGUGUUCUCAUGUUACGUCCUUCUCAGAAUGUUCAUCUAUCCUGUCAUUGAGAAGACAGUUAGUUACACCCGCCACCAAUAGAUAAAUUGGCUGAGCUUUGGCUUAGUUUGAGAGCUUAAGAUAAGUAUGCUAACAGAACAAGGAAAAAAAACAAGAAUGGUAAAACAGUGAUAGAUUUUUUUUCUUUGGCAUUUGGAUGUAUUGCAUUAAAUAGGUAGUCUUUUUCAAUAUUUGGAUUGGCCAUUCAUUGCCAUGCUUGUUUUGGAUUAGCGACUUAGUGGAUGUUUUGAUUGAUGGUUACAGGUAGUUUGUUAAAUAACUUUUUAA